GCGAGGCCUCUGGCCUAUAAAUGGCGUCACUGGUUCCGUCCUCACGCAGUCAGUCGUCGCCGUUCGAGCUGUCAGUUACUUGCAACAUGAUGAUUCGCGUGCUCCUCCUCGUGGGCGUGGCAGCCGUUGUCGCUUUGGCCAGCGGAAACGCUGACGGCUGCAGAUACUACUGCGAGAAGUGGCGGCCGGAAGGAGAGGAGAGGCCCGUGUACUGCUGCGACGACGGGACGGUCGGCGACCCGCCUCCCGUUGAAGAUCACAGUGGAGAAUGCCCCGACGUUCGGCGUCACUGCCUUCGCUUCAAAAGGCCACCAAAUGUGUGCCCCCACGACGGUUUCUGCCCGUCCAACCAGAAGUGCUGCUGGGACACCUGCUUGGACCAUCAUGCUUGUAAACUCCCUGUUUAAGAGAGGAUUCCAUUCCGCAAGGAGUGACUGAGUCUCCGAUAAUUUGUUGUUAAUUGUUCUGAAUUCUGUCUUUGUUUUAUGUCUUGUUUCAAACACGUGAGAGUUAUCAUCUAUGUACUAUUUACAGGCAAUAAAUAACAUUCUUAUGAAAACUCUU